AUGCAAUCCAUCGAGGUCAAGGAGAGCGUGUGGAACGGGCUGGUCAACGUGCGGAUCGUGUUCCGUUCCGCAGGUGGCCCCGUCCAGUACUUGGCUCGGGUGUACCGGCAGUCGUACUUUGCGGUGGAGUUCGCGGCCUUGGUGGAGUACUUCGGUCGCCACGACAAGGCGGUGGCCACGCAGCCAGUAUGGUUGGAGUACGAGUCAGUCCCCAUCAAGUGGAACCUCCCGGUGGGCGUGCUCCACGACUACCUCCAUCUUCCUGUCCGCACCACCAGUGCAGUCUGGACCCUCACCUUGCGGUGCGACCAGUACCCGCGCGACCACAUCAUCCCGUUCAUCUACACCACCGGGAGUGGGACCGUGGACUACGCCCGAUCGCUCCAGGAGACGGUGGUCAACCUGUUGAAGCAGUCCAGCUUUGUUCUCAAUGGCAACGCCAAGGUCAUCAUGGCGCUAGGCGAAGCCGACUCCAACGCCUGGUGGCACGCCAUCGUGGCCCACAACUUGUACCAGUACGAGCGGGUUGCCCGGAUAGUGAUGCCGUCGCUCAAGUUCCAGCGCGUGCCUGUCAAGGUGUACGUGUGCGGGUCCACCGAGGUGAUCCAGGCGCCGAUCUACCCCACCAGUGCCAGUGGUGCCGCCGUAUCGUUGGGCGCCGUGUUGAGCGAGGUAUUGCCGUCUUUAUUUGCCCAGGGAACCUUCGCCCGUCCCUACAUCCAGGGCUUGGACAUGACUGCAUGGGUCAACAACCCUGACUGCGGAAUCUUGGACUUGUGGAAGGCAUUCAAGCAUCUCGACAACUUCUUGUACAUCACGGUGUUGGUGGCCAGCGGGCUGGCCGAGAUCGACUCCCGAGAUAAGCAAUCGAUAUCUGGAUCGUAA